UAUAUAUGGACCUGUUUUUCACACAUUCGUACAAUCAGUGAUUAAGAGACAUGGAGCUUCGAAUAUUAUAUCUAAUCUUAGGACUCUUGGCGUCCAGCAAAGUGGAUAGCACUUCUAACAGCUCCUUUGAGCACGCUGCACGGAAACUCUUACUGACUGACUAUGACACUUCUGUUCUKCCUAAACUUGGUGGUCGUKCUGUUGACGUACAGUUUGGAUUAAAAAUUAAUAAACUCGCCAAAGUGGAUAAUAAAGAACAACUUCUGACUCUUGAUACAUGGAUUAUAAUGAAAUGGAAAAACGCUUUCUUGCAAUGGGACAAAGCGAAGUUUGGAGGAUUACGUGACAUUCAGUUUAAGCCAUCGGAAAUCUGGUUUCCUGAUGUGCAACUAUACAACAAUGGAGAUAGCCGAACGUCAAGAGCAGGAGGAAAAGAGAAGUUUUUAUCGRACGUWAAAGUUCGAARCGAUGGUGUAUGCGUUUGGAGUGGACCAGCGCAGUUCUCUGUCAACUGUGAAAUGAAGCUGAAUACCUAUCCUUUCGAUAUGCAGUCGUGUGAUAUGAAGUUUGGCUCUUACAAUUAUGCGCGCAACAAAUUAAGAUUGAAAGAAUUCAAGACCAAGGGCAACAAAGYUGGUAAAAGCGAAAUCCAAUUUARAAGUCAUACUUUUGUUUAAACAUUUUUUAUCARAAAUCUUAUACAAUGCAUUGCGGCCUGAU